AUGGGUCUGGUCUUUGAGAUGACCCACAAUAGCCCAGUCAGUGGGACCUACAACGUGCUAUGCCUCCCCAGUGUUGCGGCUGACCUGCUCCUGUAUGGGGUCUCCCUGGAGCUCCUGGAUGGGGAUGCAUCCGCUGUGCCACGUAGCUGGGUGGGCUGCGUCCUGGCCGAGUUCAACCGACGUCUGCCAACGAAAGGCGUCAUGGCCCACGUUAUGACAUCACUGGGGGUCCACAGUGCCAGGAACUCAGAGGUAUUCUCUGCUCUGUUUGGGGUGCACUUCCCAAGGGGAGGGAGACGUUGCACCAGGGGGGCAUACAUGCUAGCACUGAGCCUACCAGGCAAUCUGAAGAAGGACAUAGAGUGUGACUUCCUGCUGAUGAUUGAUGUAGAGGGACUCUGUUCUCCAGGACUGUCCAAGCAGGAGGACACCUUGGAGCAUGACAACGAGAUGGCCACCCUGGUUGUGGGGCUGACUGACGUCAUUCUGCAGAACAUGCCUCCAGAUGGUGUUAAUGAGAUGCUAAAGUGUGUGACUCAGAUCCUUGAGGCAGAGGCUGAAGAGGCAACAGCUGCUCCUGAGCCUGACAACCCUAUAGAGAGUGUUCCCUGUUGUAUACCCUGCCUGAUCAGGCCUUGGCAGAAUGUCUCUCUCUGUCCCUGUUGACGAAGAACACAGCAAAAGUGUUUUGCAGCUAAAGCAGAACUUGUUUGAAGCUUUGAAGAAGAGCGGAGACCAAGGCAACGAGUUUGCCUGAGUUUAUGGGGCGUCUGUGUAGUGUUUGGGACACUGUGAGAGAGGGGACAUUUCACAUUGGGUUUGGGAAUACGGAGGUGGCCUAGGCCUUCUGCAUACUGUGCACAGAGUUCUCACAAUGGGAGAGGAACUUUCUGGAACCAAUGGAGGCCUGGUUCAUAGGGGCUCUGGAUCGGAUCAUCACAUGCAAGGCAAUGACUUUGGAGAAAGGAGGUGACCCUCUUGGUGUGCUGAAGGAGGAAGCCAUGACUGAAGUCAAGGUAGAGGUAGACAAAAUCCGGUCAACACUGGAGGAUAACUUGAAGAAGGAUGACCUCCACACAGCGUAUAUUGAAAUGUACAAGCCACAUUUUUUUAAUAGUUUGAAUGUGCUCCAGGAAUAGGCAACAAGUGAGAUUAUUAAGAAGCUACAGAGUGCUACAGAAGAUCAUUACUCCUCCACAAAGCUGAUGAGAUUUUAGACAGUAUUGGAUGCUAAGAAGGAGGUGAAGCUGCAUGCACUGAUAGAGAGCAGCAAGCUCAACAACUAUUUUCUAGAGGACAAGCAGCUGGAAGAGGAGUUUGAAGGUUUGUGGUCUGAGUCGCUCUCUAACUUUGACUUUAGACCUUCAGAGGGUGAUCCAAAAGCUGAAAGAGGACCUCACAAGCCGUGGACUGCGCAAGCACAUGCAGAAGCUCAACGAUAUUGGCAAAGAGAUCCUGUCUAGCUUAAUUUUUUAUGAUGAGCACUUUGGCUACCUCAGCAGGUUAAAGCACAUGCUUGAAGAGAACAACAGGUUGCAGAGAUUAGAGGCACAUAGGUUAGCGACAAGAAUUACAGAAGAAUACAACGACUUUGUGAGAGAGAAAUCUGCAGUGGUAGCAGACUUCUCUAACAGGAAAUCAUUGACAAGGCGUUAAAGGCAAAGCCCAUGGAGAUUAGGUCUGCGUUUGAAGUCGAUCUGAAGGUUUAUCUCUGUAGCACUGCUUGUCUUGUCGCGACUUCCAGAAAAUGCACGACCGCUAUGGAAGAGACAGAGAUUUCCUUAUGUAUCUAAACGGGAGAAAGAACAGAUUCCUGGGGGAGUUCAUUUUACCAGUUCCGUAAGAGGGACCAAGGUCACAGGGUAGCCCAGGCAUUCACCACCAUGGUUCUCAAACUGGCAGCCCUGGACUACAUAUACAGACCUCUGUGCAUUCAGAUUAUGGAGGAGAUGGUGAGUGGUGAUGACGUCCAGCGGUACCUCUCCCCUCAGGACUUCAACUGCAGCCUCCUGGUGGAGAUGAUGUAGGAGGACUGCUUCGAGAGCUUCCUGGAGUACCUGCUGUCCCACGAGAACUUCAGCCUCAAGAGGAUCCAGGAUAGAGUGGCGGAAUAUCUCACAAGGACAGCCAUGAGUGGAGGCAGCAGCGCCUGGUAG